CUCAUGAGUGAAAUCCUACCAAAAAAGAGGGGGCGUGAUGGAACCGCCAAGCGGUACCAUUCCAACGUCCAAGACCUCGCUAACAUGGGGCGUGUGAUCUCGGGGCGUGUUGUUUCCAAGUCAAAGCGGGUGUUAUCCAAUCGAGGAGACUUGUUCGAUGAAGAUUCCAAUAACUCGUUUGCUGAAGAUGCCAUUAAUUUUGAUCAAAACAGAAACACCAUCAUGUCCAACUUCGAAGAGUGGAUCAAGUUAUCCACCGACAACAAGAUCACGACCAAAAACUCCUGGCAAUUUGCUUUGAUUGAUUACUUCCAUGACUUGAAUGUUAUCAAGGACGGAGAUGAUAUCAAUUUCCAAAGAGCCUCUGCCACCUUGGACGGGUGUGUGAAGAUUUACUCCAGUAGAGUGGAGUCUGUUGCCACCGAAACCGGGAAAUUGUUAAGUGGUUUGGCCAAUAAAAAGAAUCAAGACGACGGUGACGACGGUGUUGAAGACGAAGACAACGAUUUGGACCCCACCGCUGAUGGCGACACCAGAAGAGCCCGUAAGAUCAACCGGGUGUUGGAAUCAACGUUGGUUCCGUUUGAGACGAUUCGUGUGAAGAAGUUGGACCAGGAGUUGUCCAUUGAUCCAUUGUUCAAAAAGGCUUUGGCCGAGUUUGAUGAAGGAGGAGCAAAGAGCUUGUUGCUCAACACUCUAAGCAUCGACAAGACCGGACGUGUGAUAUUUGAUGCCACCACCACCGGCGCGAAGGCGGAUGAGGACGAAUCAGAGUCUUCUGAGAAGUUGGCUAUGAUUGCCAAAUCCAUGAACUUUAGUAAAAUCGAGUCAAUGUUGUUCAAAAACGACAAAACUUUGGACGACUUGGCGAUAUGUCCCUCAAUGGACCAGUUGAAGGUUGUGUUAAACGACAUAGACCAAGCUAAAUCGAUUUUGACUGAUGUCAACAACAAGUUUAUGGAAAAUAGCCAGGUUUUGGAUGACAAAUCUGUUACCAAGAUAGAAGAAGGUGGUGGCUUUGAUUUCGGAGACUAUAACGACAAUAACUUUAAUGAAGACAACUUUGGGAUUAAUGAUAACGAUAAUGAUGACUACGAUGAUGACUACGACAGGCAGAAGCAGCAAAUCAAACAAGAAGAUGACGAGGAGUAUGAACUAGGACCGGGAAACCAGAUCCUUGAUCAGGACUUGAUGGCGUACUUUGACGAAACCAUGAAGUCCAAUUGGAGAGGUCCUGAGCAUUGGAAGGUAUCUGCCUACAAAAAAUCCAAGAACAUUGCAGACCUCAAGCCAGAAGAGUCUAAGCAACUUGCAGAAACCCAAAAGCCCUCACGAACCAAGAAAGACUCGACAAUAGUCGACUUCUUUUCCACCGACGAAGUGGAUGAUGACGAUUUGUUUGCACCUCCUAACAGUCUCUCGUACUUGAAGAAAAAGGAUAAGGAAGAAGACACAAAACUCCCCCAGGAUAUCCAGUACAACUCAGCCCGACUUGUCACGUUAUUCUUAAAACCCAGCAGCAACAUUCUCUACUAUCCCAAGGUUCGUAAGGCCUCGAACAGUAACCCAGAAUCCCAAUUCACGGAUGAGAACUACUUUGCCCACCAAUACAACCAGCAGGAGCGGAUGGCAUCAUUCCACCAGGCACAACUCGAGGAAAUCAACCACGACUACGACGAAGAUGAUGGCGAUGUUUUUGGUGGUAUCGAUUUCAAUGAUGUGUUGGAGGAAGGUGAGGGCGAUGAAGCCCUUGACAACAAGAACCUCUUGAUAGGCGGACGUAAAGCCCGUCCUGAGUACGUCAACUUCUCCAGAAUCUCGAAGCGUGUGGAUAUCAAGUUGCUCAAAGAGAAUUUGUGGAAGGGUAUACAAAUAGAAGCUGCUCCGGCUGAACAGGAACUGGAGGCUAAACCAGACACCAAGAAUUUCGGGGAGUUGAUUGAGAAUAUUGGAAAAAUGUAUAGUCCCGAGGAGAAAAAAGACCUAUCGACCAGUUUCUGCUUUAUUUGUCUUUUACACUUGGCCAAUGAGCAUGGAUUGUCGGUUCGUGGGAACGAGACCCACGAUGAUUUAAGUAUCACUGGUUUUUAAAGUACAUAGCAUUUAGCAGCCGUUUGGUUAUAUACACGACCCCAGGCCCCA